UGUGUCUCAUCAGCCACCUACUAGCCUUUUACCGCCACUGUUGAGGUCACCAUGGCAACCAGCGCCUUGCCAAGUGACAACCUGCCAACAUACAAGCUGGUGGUGGUGGGGGAUGGUGGUGUCGGGAAGAGCGCCCUCACGAUCCAAUUCUUCCAGAAGAUCUUUGUGCCGGACUAUGAUCCAACGAUAGAGGACUCGUAUCUGAAACAUACAGAGAUCGACGGGCAGUGGGCAAUACUGGAUGUGCUGGACACAGCAGGCCAGGAAGAAUUCAGUGCGAUGAGGGAGCAGUAUAUGAGGACAGGAGACGGCUUCCUCAUCGUCUUCUCUGUGACGGACAAGGCCAGCUUUGAACAUGUUGACCGAUUCCAUCAACUUAUACUACGGGUCAAAGACAGGGAGGCAUUCCCCAUGGUGUUGGUGGCAAACAAAGUGGACCUGGUCCAUCUGAGAAAGGUCACCAGUGAACAGGGCCAAGAGAUGGCAGCAAAACAUAAUAUAACUUAUAUUGAAACCAGUGCAAAGGAUCCUCCAAUGAAUGUGGACAAAGCCUUUCAUGAGCUCGUCCGCGUCAUAAGACAACAGGUCCCGGAGCGAAACCAGAAAAAGAAAAAGAAGAUGAAGUGGAGAGCAGAACGUUCCACAGGCUCCCACAGGUUCCACUGUGCCAUAUUGUGACCUCCCUCGUUCCUUUAAAUCAUUCUUAACUAUCACACACCCAAACGCACACCCACAUACUCUACCUUCGGAUGUCAGGGAACUCCCCAGCAGUGGUUAGCUACUGGAGCACAAAAGGGAGGGGGGACGUCGAUGAAUAGCUGGAUGGAUCCAGAGGAACAUGUGGAUAUAUACUGACGGACCAAUGUCCCUGCAGCCCUUCACAAUGCCUUGGAAUGAGUGCUGUCACCUUCUCAAUAUACAGUCCCUUUCUGAAGAUCUAAUGGUUCCGUCCAUCCGCAUUCAACACGGAAGAACUGUUUCUCAAUCAAGUGUAAUAUUUGAAUUUAUUAUCAGACUCUAAUGUAAAACUAGAGAUAUUAGAAUCACCUUGAUGUUGGAAUUUUUGACUUCUUGAUCAAAGGAUUGAAAAGGGAGGAACUGGCUCAAAAAUGGCGCUUCAUAUAUUAUGGACCUCCAACAACCUGCUGGUGAUCACCUCUCUGUCCUCAGAGUUACGGUUUCUUGGAGAAAAGCAUCUGUGUGAUCCCUAGAUGGGUUGUCUUUGCUCUCUCUUUUGUAGAGCGGAAUUCAUAAGAACAUGUCCAAUGAAUACAGGAGCGGUGAUUUGUGUCGUAAUGGAAAUAGAUGUUGUGCGGUGUUGUCGAUGAGUGAACUGCCAAUUCUGUGAGCAUAGCGUGUACCUCGUGGUCAUGUGACGCUCUGGCUUUGAGAUGUCAGUUCGGAGAGGAUGGAAGGAACGUGUCGUAGCAAGUGAAAGAAACGUGACGUGACGCUGAGAAAAUGAUUUGACAGGUGAAUGCUAUGGCCAUAUCAACUUGUUUAAUACGUGUUUAAAUAUUCAAAUUGUAAAGGAGAGUAUGAUUGGUCGGUAUACGGUGUUUUAUUUUAAACGUAACAGGGUUUUUAUCAAAACUGAUGUGUCAGCAGCCAUGUUUACACACACUCGUAUGAUGGAUUAUUUUCCCAUACAUACAGACAAUAUAUAAGUUUACGCCUGGGCUACACUGGUUGCAUGAACGACACGGAACGUCUUGUUUUUCUUAUUUCAGUCUCACCAGAAACCUCAUGUAGCAGCCUGGCUGCAGGCGGGCAGCAGACACGCUCUCUGUGGGAACAACAGACGCACGUGAGAUGCAGCAAAUCAGUGACGCAGUCGUCACACAAUGCACACUCACCCAGUGUGGCCCAGGCCUUAGCUUGCCUCGUCAGUCAUUUCAGUGGUUUGACGUGUGCAGUCUUCAUCAGUACUGUGUGAAUAACAGCCCUGGAAAAUACAGUGAGGUCCAAAAGUCUUGUGACUACUUUCCUAUUCAAGUGAAUGGGGAGAAUGGGAAAGUUGUCCACACAUAUAUAUAUACACAUAUAUACUUUCCAUGUUUUCUUUUUCUAUCUAAACGUAGAGACAAUUAUAUUUGUGCUAUACAAAUCUAAUUAUAGGUGGCAAUGUAAUUCAAUGCUGUUUUACAAAUCUGUAGGCUAUCCUUCAUGAAGUAGAAUAGAUGAGGUUUAAUAAUGAGAGCUUCAUGUUUCAGAGCUGAAACUGGCUUGAGAAGCUGAUUUGCACUGGCCACUAACCAAAAUAAUGUGAUGUCACUUUAUUUCAAUCUAGGGGCUUUUCAGACAGCACCACUGAUUUCAGGACUAUGUGUGAAACUCGCUCAGUAAAGGACGACACUCCUUCAGAUUGGGGAUGUAGACUGUAGCCCUGGGAACACAGCAGAGUCGGGACGGUUUCCUGAACAGGCAGAUGUGAUGCUCCUGGGGCUUAAAGCCAUGUUAACCCAGCUACAGACCAUGUAUAGUUGUAGGGAAACCACACACAACAAAACAUUCAGUGUCUUCAUGUUUGUAGUCGUGAGGUGGGUAGGAAUGUACCAUUUAAUAACCUAUGAAAUGGCUUGUACUGUUAACGCACUAAAGUUUCGGUGGACUCUUUUUUUUCGUCUGGAUGAAAACCGUCUCUUGGAAGGAAGAAUACAUUUUGCACUUUUAAUACAAUUUCUGACUUUACUAUUGGCAUGUUGUUUUUGGUUCCAAUCUGCAAAUGAAAUGAAAGGCACAGUCAAAAAAUGAUUUGAAUGUAAAAAUCAAAUAACAGAAACAAGCAAAUAGGCGAUUAGCGUUGUAGCCCUGUGUGCCUGUGUAUGCCUGUUGCCUUGGCUGUGGCUGUAACGGAGAUGAAAUAAGUUGGAACCAUUUGAAGGGUACUCCGUUAUGAAUAAAGAUUGAGUAUCAAAAAGCUCACAUAUUGAAUGCCGUACAACUUCACCUCAGCAUGAAAGUGGAAAACCAACCUCAGCAAAAAGAUGGAGGUAUUGAUCUGCUCCUACUGUUGAUUAAGGGACCUUGCAAAGAGUUUCCAGAGAAGGACUGAAAACAAUGAAGUACUGAGCUUAGAGCAAUGAAGCAACACACUCUGGAUCAUGGGGGAGAAAAAAGGGUUUCAAAAAAUGUGUUUGAUGAAAAUGUUGCAUCAUGUAUGUUUGAUACCUUUUUGUAUUAUUGAUAUGAAUUAUUGAUAUGAUUCUUGCAAAGUGUUUUUUAAACGACUGAAUAAUUUAUUACUGUCUAUGUUACCUCAGUGUGUCCCAGACCUGGACAAAAAAAAAAAACUAAACUCCCCUGUAUUCUUUCCUUUUUUGUUUUUCUUUGGGAUCUCAGCGGCUGAAAGGCCUUUUCCUUCAAACCCCUGUAUGAGAAGACUUGUAAUGAAGAAACGGAAAUAGGUCCUGAGCCAAAAAGAAAAAAAAAA